GUAAGACAAAACAAACUUAAAGAAUUAUGCUGGAGUCAUAUAGGAGUUUCGCGCUGUUCCAGCUGCUUUUCCUCUUGUCAGUCAUACUUAUUUUCCUUCGCUCGACAUCCACUGGGGAUUUGGAACCACAGGAAAUGGAACCGCUGAAGGAACCUCCGCCUGCCGAUCGUCUUGUUGUUUUUGUAAGAGAUGGACUUUCCGCUCAGACUUUCUUGGCCAAUCGGUGCAGUAAUGUGCCACUGCUGCGGGAUCUACUUUUGCGAGAGGGAUUAGUGGGUAUCAGUCGUCCGGAGAAGACCACGUACCACCCGAUAUCCCCGCACAUUUCCCUCUUUUCCGGAUUAAAUGAAGAUGCUGCGAGGAUAGCGCGUAACUGGCUGCGAAAACCGGAUCCCAUUGACUCAAUAUUUAAUCGGUGUAACCAAAGUUUUGCAUGGACCACUUCGGAAAUACUUUCACGCUUUCCGGAAUUGCACAGACCUAUAGCAACGAAUUACCAAACAUUUUAUAAAGACGUUACCAAAUCCUUCGCGGAAAUGGAAGACUUCGUCUGUGGAUCUGUUAAAACGUUUUUAUCCUUUGAGUCCCGGAACUUGAUAAAUUCUACUGGAGUAAUAUUCUUUAUACACAUGACUGGGGUAGAACCAUCCCCCGAAAUUCUUCAGAGAAUUCAAAAAAAUAUUUAUGAUCUGUACGAGACCUUUGAAAAAUUAUUUCCCGAUCAACGAACGGCGUACUUAUUCACUUCUAAUCUUGGAAAUUCAAAAACUCAUAGUAAAUGCAGCUUUGCAGUCGAAUCACCCUUUUUCAUUUGGGGUUCUGGAGUGGCUCAUGUAAUAUCAAUGCCAGGACGAAAUUUUGUGGCCAACGAUUCGGGAUUCCGGUUGCCCCUCCAUGUCCUAAAUCCUCCUCAUCUCACAGCAACUAUGAGUGCCUUACUAGGACUUCCACCCCCAGUUAUCAGUCGUGGAAUGCUGCCCCAUGGAAUGCUUAAUGCCAGUUUGCUGUACGAAGCCAAUGCCAUGUUGAUUAAUGCCAAACAACUUCUAGCUCAAGCUCGUCGUAUAAGGGAGCUCCAUCCCAAAAAUUUGCGUUCUUAUUGGCUGGAUUUCAAAAUGAUGGACAGCUUUUUGAAGAAUUCAGAUGUUCUUAAAAAGCAGCAUCGUUUCAAAGCUCUUUUGGAAUACAGCUGCAACUUUAUGCCAGUGUUGAUAAAGGAAAUGGAUUACUUUAAGGAUUAUUAUAGAAGAAAUUUAGUGAUAGCAGUGAGCAUUGCUGGGAUCAGUUGGCUUUACUGCCUGCGAUGUCACAUUACUAUAGUUAGGAAGUGCAGAAAUCACAUUGAAGUUCAGGAAAUAACGUCUUCAACACUAUUGGCGUUUCUCAAUGGGUUCUAUAAAGUACUGACUGGCCUGCUGAUAGUCUUUAUGAUGCUGGAGAGGAUUCCAUGGUUGGUACAAGCGAUUCUACUGAUGCCUUCACUAUACUUUAAUGUGACCCUAAAAAUCGUGACCGAAAAACCCAAAAUGGUGUGCCGAAAAAGUUUAAUUUCCUCCACUUUAAUAGCACUGAUCUGCUUGGGUGGAUUUUUCCGACGUCACAUCAUAGCUGUGGGAUACCUAGGAUUCGCUGGAUAUAACAAUAGAGCAGCAUUUAAAAAACGAGGACUGCAAUUUUACCUUUGGCUACUGUUACUCCUUGGACUCACUAGUGUAUCGGUAGUUCCAGAAUCGAUGGGUUGUUCGCAGCCUAGAGCUUUGCUUUUUAGUAUCCUGUUGACUCUUCUUCGUCCUUUGGCUUGCGGAGUUUACUGUAACCCAAUCACCUGGGUAAGCAACAUCCUUGUGCUCCUCUCUGCCGUCGAAUUCAUUGUGGUGGGUUGGUAUCCCUGGGUCACGUACUUGGUGUCCUGGAUAUACUUAGCAUUUUUGAUCUUGUGGCAGCGACGCAGUCUUCAGGCCAGUGAUUUGGUGUUCUUCAAUUUAAGCACCCUGUAUACCCUUACCUGCACCUCCUACGAAUCGGUGGUUAUUCAAAUGCUGGCCAUGGAACUCCAGAUGGCUCUGCGGAUGAAGCUGGAGAGAAAUGAGGGGAUUGGAUCGAAGAAUGCCGCCCAUUACAUAGUGGUGUACUGCUGGUACUCCCUUUUCGCCAUUGGCAGCUUUCCGGUCUUUGAUGACUUCCUGGACAUCCUACACGAAACGUGUUUUGGCUACUUUUCUCUGACUUAUGGCCUUGUUAUGGUGAUGAAGUUGCUGCUUCCCUGGCUGCUCAUCCUUUGCGUCCUGGCGGGGAACUACAAGGAUCUCGGCUCUUAUGAGCGCCUGAUUUUCGUAAGGCUGAUGCUCAUAAGCAGUGGCAUGUCCUUGGUGCUUCUGCAUAGGAUUACUAGAGUUGGACCGUGGAGGGAGAUCCUUAGCAGAUUCGCAGAGUUUUCAGUGGUUCUAGUAUUUCCACUCGUCUGGCUGUUGUUGUGGCGACUGGCGCAACUGAAACUUGGCUCCAAAUGGAUAUUCCAGCUUCCUGGUAGAGUAACUAUCCGUUAGUUGUAAAUCUGUUAAUAUAGCUGGAAUUCGUUUAAACAAAUAAAUUAUAAC